AACGUAUCCGACGUGUCAUCAAAGCUCGUUUUGUGAUUGGUCGUUGUGACGAUCUUUCAUCGUUUCCUCCGAUUUUAAUAAAGAGAAACCAAAAGAAUAGAAACAGUGAGAUUCAAUUUCAAUUUUCAGAUCAUUUGAAUCGAAGCUAAAGAAUCGCCGCCAUGGACGCCAUUGAUUCCGUCGUUGAUCCUCUCAGAGACUUCGCUAAGGAUAGUAUUCGUCUCGUCAAGCGUUGCCACAAGCCAGAUCGCAAAGAAUUCACGAAAGUUGCAGUUCGUACCGCGAUUGGGUUUGUGGUAAUGGGAUUCGUUGGCUUCUUUGUGAAGCUAAUCUUCAUUCCGAUCAACAACAUCAUCGUCGGUGCCACUUAGAAAGCAAAGGAUACACAAGUCAGUUCUAUGUUUUGAGAAAGGAAGAUUUAGAGGUUAUCGUGUUUUAAGUGAAAGGCACAAGUCAGUUCUGUGUUUUGUGUAAUCGGAUCCCAUUUGUUUCAAUGUUUUUUUGGUUCUUCUUUUUUGUUCACAACUGAAAAAUCGACGUGUUUUGAAUGUAGAGCAAACUAAUUUAAAAAGCUGUGGAUUUCGUAGUCCAGCUUGGUCUGUUCUCACUUUUGCAUCCAAAGCUCGACCUAUAGUCUCCCCAAGUUGGGUAAUAAAUAUGGGCCAAUUGAUUAUUAUCGUGGGCAGCUAGAAUCUUAGAUGUCUAAGAGCAUCUCCAAUGCGAGGUUGUCUCCUCAAAUUUGUUGGGUUCUCUUGAAUAACUAUGAUAAAAAACAAAUCUAAGUUUCCCAAUUACAUAGAGAGGCACAAUUCUCCUACAUUGUCAGAUUCUAGAUUCAUAUGUCGGAACCAGAACACUACUGUAUCUUUUGUGUGUGUGUGUAAUAACACUACAGUAUCUAUUUACCAA